ACCUUCCCGGCCCGGGGCAAUCACGACCGGAUCCGGCAGGAAGACCUGAGUAAGCUCGUCACCUAUCUGGCCAGCGUGCCCAGCGAGGAUGUGUCGAAGCGUGGCUUCACGGUGAUCAUCGACAUGCGUGGGUCCAAGUGGGAGCUGAUCAAGCCCCUGCUGAAGACCCUGCAGGAAGUCUUCCCGGCCGCCAUCCACAGCGCGCUGCUCAUCAAGCCCGACAACUUCUGGCAGAAGCAGAAGACCAACUUCGGCAGCUCCAAGUUCACCUUUGAGACGAACAUGGUGUCCGUGGAGGGGCUGGCUAAGCUGGUGGACCCGUCGCAGCUGACGGACGAGUUCGAUGGCUCGCUGGACUACAACCACGAGGCGUGGAUCGACCUGCGGGGGGCUCUGGAGGCGUUCUUCCACAGCGCCGUGCACCUGCUGGCGCGCCUGGAGGACCUGCAGGAGAUGCUGGCGCGCAAGGAGUUCCCCGUGGACGUGGAGGGCUCCCGGCGCCUCAUCGAUGAGCACGCCCAGCUGAAGAAGAAGGUGCUCCGGGCGCCCGUGGAGGAGCUGGACCGCGAGGGCCAGAGGCUGCUGCAGUGCAUCCGCUGCAGCGACGGCUUCUCCGGCCGCAACGGCCUGCCGGGCAGCGCUGACUUCCAGAGCCUCGUGCCCAAGGUGACCAGCCUCCUGGACAGGCUGCACUCCACCCGCCAGCACCUGCACCAGAUGUGGCAUGUGCGCAAGCUCAAACUCGACCAGUGCUUCCAGCUCAGGCUCUUCGAGCAGGACGCCGAGAAGAUGUUCGACUGGAUCAGCCACAACAAGGCGCUGUUUCUGCAAAGCCACACAGAGAUCGGCGUCAGCCACCAGCACGCACUGGAUCUGCGAACCUUGCACAACCACUUCACCAUGAACUCCAUGAAUGCAUAUGUGAACAUCAACCGCAUUGUGUCGGUGGCAUCGCGCCUGGCCGAGAGCGGCCACUAUGCUGCGCAACAGAUGAAGCAGAUCUCCGGACAGUUGGACCAGGAGUGGAAGAGCUUCGCUGCUGCGCUGGACGAGCGCAGCACCAUCCUGGCCAUGUCUGCUGUCUUCCACCAGAAAGCUGAGCAGUUUCUGUCGGGGGUGGAUGCCUGGUGCAAAAUGUGCAGUGACGGAGGACUGCCAGCAGACAUGCAGGGCCUGGAGCUCGCUGUGCAUCACCACCAGGCCCUGUACGAGCAGGUGACCCAGGCCUACACUGAGGUGAGCCAAGACGGCAAGGCCCUCCUGGACGUCCUGCAGCGGCCUCUGGGCCCUGGCAACGCGGAGUCUCUGACAGCUUCAGCCAACUACUCACAGGCCGUGCUUCAGGUCUUGGACGUGGUACACGAAGUCCUGCACCACCAACGUCGCCUGGAGGGCAUCUGGCAGCACCGCAAGGUCCGCCUGCACCAGCGCCUGCAGCUCUGCGUCUUCCAGCAGGACGUGCAGCAGGUGCUGGACUGGAUUGAAAACCAUGGCGAGGCAUUUCUCAGCAAACACACCGGUGUGGGCAAGUCCCUGCACCGGGCACGGGCCCUCCAGAAGCGGCAUGAUGACUUUGAGGAGGUGGCUCAGAACACGUACACGAAUGCAGACAAGCUGCUGGAGGCGGCAGAGCAGCUGGCUCAGACGGGGGAGUGUGACCCGGAGGAGAUCUACAAGGCCGCACGGCACCUUGAGGUCCGGGUGCAGGACUUUGUGCGACGCGUGGAGCACCGCAAGCUGCUGCUCGACAUGUCUGUGUCCUUCCACACACACACCAAAGAGCUGUGGGCCUGGAUGGAAGACCUGCAGAAGGAGCUGCUGGAGGACGUGUGUGCCGACUCAGUGGACGCGGUGCAGGAGCUGAUCAAGCAGUUCCAGCAGCAGCAGACGGCCACCCUGGAUGCCACCCUCAACAUCAUCAAGGAAGGGGAGGAUCUCAUCCAGCAGCUCAGGGACUCGGCUGUGUCCAGCAACAAGACACCACACAGCAGCUCCAUCAGUCAUAUCGAAGCAGUGCUGCAACAGCUGGAUGAAGCACAGGCACGGGUGGAGGAGCUUUUCCAUGAGAGAAAGGUCAAGCUGGACAUCUCCCUGCAGCUGCGCAUUUUCGAGCAGUUCACCAUCGAGGUGACAGCAGAGUUGGACGCAUGGAACCAGGACCUGCUCAGGCAGCUGAGCGACUUCAACACGGAGGACGUGACGCUGGCGGAGCAGCGACUGCAGCGCCACAUGGAGCGGAAGCUGGCCAUGACCAACCUGACCUUCGAGGUGGUGCAGCAGGGACAGGACCUGCAUCAGUACAUCAUGGAAGCCCAGGCCUCAGGCAUCGAGCUGAGCAGCGACAAGGACGUGGACCUGGCGGGGCAGGUGCAGGAGCUGCUGGACUUCGUGCACGAGAAGCAACAGGAGCUGGAGCUGAGCGCCGACCAGACCCACAAGCAGCUGGAGCAGUGUCUGCAACUGCGCCAUCUGCAGGCCGAGGUCAAACAGGUCCUGGGCUGGAUUCGCAAUGGGGAAUCAAUGCUCAACGCCAGCCUGGCCAAUGCCAGCUCCCUGUCGGAGGCCGAGCAGUUGCAGAGAGAACAUGAGCAGUUCCAGCUGGCCAUCGAGUCCCUGUUCCACGCCACCUCAUUGCAGAAGACACACCAGAGCGCACUGCAGGUGCAGCAGAAGGCGGAGGCACUGCUGCAGGCCGGGCACUACGACAGCGAGGCCAUCCGGCAGUGUGCCAAUAAGGUGGCCCUACACUGGCAGCAGCUCAUGCUCAAGAUGGAGGACCGAUUGAAGCUGGUCAAUGCCUCUGUGGCCUUCUACAAGACCUCCGAGCAGGUGUGCAGCGUUCUGGAGAGCCUGGAGCAGGAAUACCGGCGAGACGACGACUGGUGCGGAGGCCGAGACAAGUUGGGCCCCGCCGCCGAAGUGGACCACGUCAUCCCCCUCAUCAGCAAACACCUGGAGCAGAAGGAGGCCUUCCUGAAGGCCUGCACCCUGGCCCGGAGGAACGCCGAGGUCUUCCUCAAAUACAUCCACCGGAACAACGUCAGCAUGCCGGGGUCAGCCAGCCACACCCGUGGGCCUGAGCAGCAGGUGAAAGCCAUACUGAGUGAACUCCUGCAGCGGGAGAACCGCGUCCUGCACUUCUGGACGAUGAAGAAACGGCGGUUAGACCAGUGCCAGCAGUUUGUGGUGUUCGAACGCAGUGCCAAGCAGGCGCUGGAGUGGCUGCAGGAGAGUGGUGAGUUCUACCUGUCAACGCACACGUCCCCCGGGGAGACGCCAGAGGAGACACAGGCGCUGCUCAAGGAGUACGGGGAGUUCCGGGUCCCGGCCAAGCAAACCAAGGAGAAGGUGAGAUUGCUCAUCCAGCUGGCAGACAGCUUCGUGGAGAAGGGCCAUGCCCAUGCCGUGGAGAUCAGGAAGUGGGUGACCUCAGUGGACAAGCAGUACCGCGACUUCUCCCUUCGAAUGGGCAACUUCCACUACACACUGGAGAAGGCCCUCGGGGUCAAUACGGAGGAUCACAAGGACCUGGAGCUGGACAUCAUCCCAGCCAGCCUUUCGGACCGCGAUGUCAAACUGCGCGAGGUCAACCACGAGGCCAACGAAGAGAAGAGGAAGUCGGCCCGCAAGAAAGAGUUCAUCAUGGCGGAGCUGCUGCAGACAGAGAAGGCCUACGUCCGAGACUUGCACGAGUGUCUAGAGACGUAUCUGUGGGAGCUGACGAGCGGCGUGGAGGAGGUCCCCCCUGGCAUCCUCAACAAAGAGCCCGUCAUCUUUGGAAACAUCCAUGAGAUCUACGAUUUCCACAACAACAUCUUCCUGAAGGAGCUGGAAAAAUACGAGCAGCUUCCCGAGGACAUCGGCCACUGCUUCGUCACUUGGGCCGAUAAGUUCCACAUGUACGUGACCUACUGCAAGAACAAGCCAGAUUCCAGCGAACUGAUCUUGGAGCACGCGGGCACCUUCUUCGACGAAAUCCAGCAGCGGCAUGGCCUGGCCAACUCCAUCUCAUCGUACUUAAUCAAACCUGUCCAGAGGAUCACCAAGUACCAGCUCCUCCUCAAGGAGCUCCUGGCCUGCUGCGAAGAGGGCAAGGGCGAGCUGAAGGACGCACUGGAUGUGAUGCUCAGCGUCCCCAAAAGAGCCAACGACGCCAUGCAUGUCAGCAUGCUGGAAGGCUUUGACGAGAACCUGGACGUCCAGGGAGAAUUGAUCCUCCAAGACUCCUUUCAGGUGUGGGAUCCCAAGUCUCUGAUUCGCAAGGGGCGGGAGCGCCACCUCUUCCUCUUCGAGAUCUCACUCGUCUUCAGCAAGGAGAUGAAAGACUCGGCCGGACACACCAAAUACGUUUACAAGAAUAAGCUGCUGACCUCAGAGCUGGGGGUGACCGAGCACGUGGAGGGAGAUGCCUGCAAGUUUGCCUUAUGGUCCGGCCGCUCGCCCUCCUCAGACAACAAGACAGUGGUCAAGGCUUCCAGCAUCGAGGCCAAGCAGGAAUGGAUGAAGAAGAUCAGGGAGGUGAUCCAGGACAGGCUCAUUCACCUCAAAGGGGCGCUCAAGGAGCCUAUCCAACUGCCCAAGACCCCGGCCAAGCAGAGGAACAACAGCAGAAGGGACGGAAUGGACGAUGGGGACGGUCAGGGGGAAGGCAGCAGCCAGCCGGACACCAUCUCCCUUGCCUCCAGGACCUCCCAGAACACAGGAGACAGUGACAAGCUGUCGGGUGGCUGUGAGUUGACAGUGGUGCUGCAGGACUUCAGUGCGGGCCACAGCGGGGAGCUGAGUGUCCAGGCGGGGCAGACGGUGGAGGUGCUGGGCCGGUGCAGCGAGCAGCCUGGCUGGUGCCUGGUGCGGACGACCACCACCACGACCACCACCAUGGGGACGGCGGCGGCGGGGGCCACGGCGGGGAUAGGGACAACCUCGGCGGGGACGUCGGCGGUGGGCCUGGCAGAGCGUGGCGGCCCGCAGGAGGGCCUGGUCCCCGGCAGCUCUCUGUGCUCCUCCCGUGCCCGUGGCAGCCUGGAGAUCGACUGCUUCUACCCACCUGGCAGAGCGUCCGGAGAGAACGGAGCGAAGCCGGACUCGGUGUCCAGCCUGCAGCCACAGGGCCCGAAGCGUUCGGGGAACACACUGAAGAAGUGGCUGACCAGCCCCGUGCGGCGACUUAACAGCGGCAAGGCCGACGGACACGUCAAGAAGCAGAAGAAGCCGGCCCGCGAUGGGCGCAAGAGCUGUGAGCUCGGUUCCCCGCGCACCGCGGAUGACGGCGCCCAUCAAGGGGACAGUGCUGACGAGAAGAGCAAGAAGGUGUGGGGGGAGGACGAGGCGGACGAGGAGUGGCAUCCCCCGCUGCCACCCCCCAUGAAGAUCUUUGACAACGACCCCUCGCAGGAUGAGAUGCCGUGCUCUCUGCUCGCUGCCCGGCAGUGCGCCGCCCUACCCCUCACCUCCACCCCUGACGUCUCCACCACCACGGAACUGGUCAACGCUAUCGAGAAACUCGUCAACAACCAGCUGACCCUGGAUGGCAGCAGCGGCGAGCGGGGAUCGUUCCGCGGAGGAAUCCCGGCCGAAGCCCCCGGCGAGAGUCCAAUUCCGACCCCGACCCCGGCCACGCCGCCCCGGAACACGGAGGAGGAGCAGCGGGCCAAGGCCCUCCGCGGCAGGAUGUUCGUCCUCAAUGAGCUGGUGCAGACGGAGAAGGAUUACGUCAAAGACCUGGGCACUGUGGUACAGGGCUUCAGGCAGCGGAUGGAGGAGAAGGGGGUCCCGGAGGCCAUGCGGGGGAAAGAAAAGAUCAUCUUCGGCAACAUCCACCAGCUGUGCGACUGGCACACGGACUUUUUCCUGGCGGAGUUAGAGAAAUGCAUUCAGGAGCCCGAGCGGUUAGCGCGGCUCUUCAUCAAACACGAGCGGAGGCUGCACAUGUACGUGUGGUACUGCCAGAACAAGCCGCGGUCCGAGCACCUCGUGGCCGAGUUUGAUGCCUACUUUGAGGAGGUAAAGCGGGACCUUGGGCAGCGGCUCGGCCUCAGUGACUUCCUCAUCAAGCCCGUCCAGAGGAUCACCAAGUACCAGCUGCUGCUCAAGGAUUUCCUGAAAUACAGCGAGAAGGCCGGGCUGGACUGUGUGGAGAUAGAGGAGGCGGUGGAACUCAUGUGUCUCGUCCCCAAGCGCUGCAACGACAUGAUGAACCUCGGCCGGCUGCAGGGCUUCGAGGGUCCGCUGCCAGCGCAGGGCAAGCUGCUUCAGCAAGACACGUUCUUCGUGACGGGGCCGGACGCGGGAGCGCAGCAGAGCCGGCCCAAGGAGCGCCGCGUCUUCCUCUUUGAGCAGAUCGUCAUUGUCAGUGAGCUGCUCCGCAAGGCCGCCCUCGCCCCCGCCUACGCCUUCACCUGCGGCAUCAAGAUGAAUCACCUGAGCCUGGAGGACAGCGUGGACGGAGACCCCUGCAAGUUCGCCCUGCUCAACCGAGAGAAGGCUGAGAGAAUCGUCCUGCAGGCCGCCAACCCUGACAUCCGACACGCCUGGGUCCAGGAUAUCAACCAGUUGCUGGACUCUCAGCACCACUUCAUCAACGCUCUGCAGUCACCCAUCGAGUACCAGCGGAAGGAACGCAGCAACGCUGUGCUAAAGACUCCGGCCAGCAGGGUCCCCGGGCCCAGCUCCCGGCCCCACUCCUCAAUACCCCCGGGGCCGGAGCGGCAGACCAAGGGGAUGGACGGCAGCCCCCCGCUGCCCUCCCUGAAGAGACCCACCGCCGACGGCAGCCCGGGCUUCGACCGCCAGCAGCCGGCGGACACGUAUGAGCCGAGCGAGGCCGACCCAGGCAUCUGUGACGAGCCCCCGGCCCCGCCAGGCGCCCAGGACCACGCGGGCCUCCAGGAGCACGACGCGGGCCUGAGCCGGGCCGGUGAGCGCGGGCACCAGCCGAGCUCGGGCCCCGUCUUCCAGCCGGCGGCCACCCCCGGCCCCGGGCCCAGGCCCCCCUCCGCCACCCCGCCCGACCCAGGCGACGGGACCAUCAAGUAAGUGCCCCGGAGCGGCCCGCCUCGACCCCGGCCCGAGCUCCCGGCGCUCCCGGCGCCCCCGGCCUCCCGGCGACCCGCUGCCCCCCGGCCGUGGCGGCCACGGACACCCGCGGGGGUGGGCUGGCUGGCUGGCCGGCUGGCGGGUUUCCUUCUGUUCGUGGAAUUGGUUGUGCUCCCACCUUCGCCUGUGCAGCCGGCCCUCCCUCCCGCCACACCCUCUCCCUCUCCCGGCGGGACUGACCGGCCUUGCCCACCCUCGAAUCCCCUCCCCCGGUGGGCGUCGGUUAGGGUGGAGAGCCGGUUCCCCAGCCCCACCACUCCAGACGUGGCCCGGACCUCCCCCCGGCCCGCCCUCGGACCCGUCAACUGGGAUCACGGGCCGGAGCGUGAGGCAGAGGAGGGAGGCGUGCAAGAGUCAGUGAGAGACGGUGCGAGAGCGUGCGAGAGUGAGAGACACGUGCGAGAGCAGCGGGGUGACGCGGACUCUGCCAGGGUGUGCGUGAGUGUGUGACAGCAGCCGUCCAAUGCCAGGGGCCCGGGCCCCUGGCCCCUUCCCGUCCAGACAUUUGCACUACCCCGGGACCCCUCCUCCCCGCCGGGCCGGGCAGGGGUCCCGUGGCCCCUUGGGCGCUGUUGUGUAACGCACUGUUUCCGUGUACUAUUUUACAUAUGUGUAAAUAAACCUUCACCCUGCUGCCCUGUGGGCAGGGGCCAGAGGA